AUGGCCUCAGUCAACAUCUGGAAGCGGUUACUCGCGCUCUUGCUGCUGGGGAGUGCAACGGAGCACAACUGCACUUCCACAAUGUCUUUCGUGAAAGUUGACGAAAAGUCCGACUUUUCCUACCACAACCUGCCCUACGGGGUGUUUUCUACCCCAGACAACCCCAGACACCGCAUCGGGGUGGCCAUCGGAGAUGAGAUACUGGACCUCAGCGUGAUCAAGACCCUGUUCACAGGACCCGCGCUGUCCAAAUGUCAGGACGUCUUCGACCAGCCCACGCUGAACGCCUUUAUGGGUCUGGGUUAUGAGGCUUGGAGGGAGGCCAGGAGGACUCUGCAGCUCCUGCUGUCAGUCAACGAGACCACGCUGAGAGACGACGUCAGUCUGCGAAGCAGGGCGUUCGUCCAUCAGAGUUCAGCCAUCAUGCAUCUACCCGCAGAUAUCGGCGACUACACCGACUUCUACUCCUCCAGGGACCACGCCACCAACGUUGGCAUCAUGUUCAGGGGGAAGGAGAACGCCCUGAUGCCAAACUGGUUGAGGCUUCCCGUGGGGUAUCAUGGCCGAGCCUCGUCAGUGGUUGUCUCCGGGACCCCCAUACGCAGACCCUCGGGGCAGAUGAGACCUGACCCAACCAAGCCUCCGGUGUUCGGCCCCUCGAAGCAGCUGGACAUUGAGCUGGAGAUGGCCUUCUUUGUAGGAGGAGGGAAUCGCCUCGGCGAGCCGGUCCCCAUAGAAAAAGCCCACAAACACAUCUUUGGCAUGGUGCUGAUGAAUGACUGGAGCGCACGGGACAUCCAGGCGUGGGAGUAUGUUCCUUUGGGCCCAUUCCUGGGGAAAAGCUUCGGGACCACCAUCUCACCCUGGGUCGUUCCCAUGGAGGCCCUGCUGCCCUUCGCUGUUCCCAACGCCGUCCAGGACCCCGAGCCCCUGCCCUACCUGCACCAUGAGGACCCGUUUACCUUUAACAUUAACUUGACUGUGUCACUGAAAGGGGAGGGGAUGGCAGAGGCCGCCACGAUAUGCAAAUCCAACUUCAAGUACAUGUACUGGACUAUGAAGCAGCAGUUGGCCCAUCACACAGUCAACGGCUGCAACAUGAGGCCAGGAGACCUGCUGGCCUCGGGUACCAUCAGUGGACCUGAUCCAGAGAGCUUCGGUUCCAUGCUGGAGCUGUCAUGGAGGGGCUCUAAGACCAUCGAGCUCGGCGGCGGAGAAACCAGGACCUUCGUCAAGGACAAAGAUGAAGUUACCAUCACAGGCUAUUGUGAAGGAGCUGGGUACAGGGUGGGCUUUGGACCCUGCAAGGGACUCAUCCUCCCUGCUUUGUAGCAGUGAGAGGUCUGUGUACCCCCCCACCCCCACCCCCACCCCCCGUUUCUCUUUUUCAUUCACCAGGAAGACGACUGCAGCUCGGCCAGAACUCCCUCGUUUGACUCGCGUGUGAAUACGUGCACACGCAAGGCAACUAUUCUCCACUCUUUGAAGAAGAAAAGUGCCCUUGUUAAAGCGUCAUUACCGAAGUCCUGGGUUCCCUUCGUCCAUCAGAAAGUUCCCCUGCCAGGUCAAAGCGUCGUCCCCCGAGACAGACAUGUCCCUGUGCCUCGACGUUGUGCAUCUCUCGACUCCUGACCUGAUAAGGACGUCAACCAUUUUUAAUCUCCUUUGUGUUUGCAACCUCCUUUUUCCCUGUUGAUUUACUCGUCACAUGUCUCGAAAGUCGAAUCCCGAACCCAUCGGCUCUCCCUGCCAGCAUGUUGGGAGCCGAGGCCAAACUACUUCCACUCAUCCUUCUGGUCUUGUGUUUAGCUCUCGGACCGGAUCCCGCUCGCUGUAAUUUGCCCACAUUUCCCUCCCUCUGCUGAAGGCCUGUCAGUCAGGUUUUAAAAAAAAACAUCACUGCACACUUAUGGCAGCAUUAAACGAAGAGUUUCUUUUAAA